CUGAGCUCGCCGGCGUCUCAAACUCGCCGCGGCCUCCCGCACCCACCCGACGAGCACCAUGCUCUACACUCUCCUCGCGAUGCAGUGCAUCACCGCCUCCGCCUUUGUCGCCGUGCCGAUGGCCGCCCAGCACCGCCGCGCGCAGAUCGUGCUGCAGCACGGCGGAAAGGGCUUCGGCGGUGGCGAGGCCACGCGCGACCCCGAGCCGACGGUCUACGAUCCCAACGACCCCAAGGGCAAGCAGCAGGCGAUCCACAAGGCCGAGUCAUUCGCCGAGUACCUCGCCAAGCGCAGCGCCGGCGGCGGCGCCGGCCCGACCGCGACGAUGAGCGCCGCCUCCUCCGUCUCUGCGGCGCCGGUCGGCGGCGCGGGCUACAGCGGCAAGCACAACGGGCCGAGCUCGGCGCUCGACAUCGGCUCGGAGCUGCUAAACUGGCGGCCGGACGACCCGCUGGCGAGGCUAGGCAAGGUGGUCGGCACGCUGGGGCCGGCGACCAUGACCGCCGAGAUGAUCGAGAAGCUCAUCCAGUCCGGCCUGGACAUCUUUCGCCUCAACUCGUCGCACCGGCAAGGCGGCGACUUCGAGCGGAUCGUUCCCAUCAUCCGCGCCGCCGCCGCCAAGCUCGGCCGCGAAGUCUACAUCCUCGGAGACCUGCAAGGCCCCAAGUUCCGGUGCGGCACCGUGCAGGGAGAGGCGGUCGAGCUGGUCGUCGGCGAGACGGUCGAGAUGGCGCUCAUGCAGAGCGACGCCGACCUCACCGUCCCCGGCCGGAUCACCCUCGCCGACACGACGGAGCAGAACGCGAUGCUGCGCGGGCUUGAGGUUGGGAUGGACGUGCUGCUCAACGACGGCUUCCUCGCGAUGAAGGUGACGGAGCGCGUCUCGCCCGACACCGUCCGCUGCCAGAUCACAAUCGGAGGGCCGCUCAAGUCCCGCAAGGGUAUCAACGUGCCUGACCUGCAGAUCGACUGCGCCGCCCUCACCGCCAAGGACCGCGACGACGCCGCGUACUUGAUCGACAAGGUGGACUACAUGGCUGUCUCGUUCGUGCAAAAGGGCGGCGACAUCCAGGAGCUGAUCGACAUCAUGGACGCAAAGGGAAUGCCCAAGGAGCAGCGCCCCCUCAUCAUCCCAAAGAUCGAGAAGCCGGCGGCCCUCAAGAACAUUGACGAGAUCCUCGCCCUCUCCGACGGGCUGAUGGUGGCGCGCGGCGACCUCGGCGUUGAGCUCGGCCUGGAGCGCGUCCCCUUCGCCCAAAAGUUCCUCAUCAAGAAAGCAAACGAGGCGAACAAGUUUUGCAUCACCGCGACGCAGAUGAUGGAGUCGAUGAUCGACGCGCCCGUGCCAACGCGCGCCGAGGUCAGCGACGUCGCGAACGCAAUCUUCGACGGCAGCGACGCGGUGAUGCUCUCCGGGGAGUGCGCCGUCGGCAAGUUCCCUUGCGAGACGGUCGAGGCGAUGGGGCGCACCAUCUCCGCCGCCGAGCACCACGUGCGCGUCAUGUCGCCCGGCUUCUGAGGCGGCACGCGGCACUUGCGCUGAACACGCCGCGCGGUGCGUGGCGACCGCGUCCGGAUCGGACCGACUUGCGACCUGACACUUGCAGCUGUACACACAUGACUCCAUGACGCGCUGCGCGCGUGCGCGAGGGGCGGUCUCCGACGGAGGGGCCCCGCUGGCACUCUCCCUGUCGUUGAUUACUGCGGAGAUAAGCGAGUCGCACCGAGAGAGACCCUGUCGAGACGAGCUGCGCGAGCAGACUCCAGAGUCCCCACUCACUCCAGAAGUGUGCACCGCUCCCCCUCUCGAAAGCGAAAAGAGCGGGAAAUCAGAUUCAGAAUAACAGGCGUUGCACAUAGCAACGACAACCUUGGCUUUCUCGACACUCUCUGCACCACUGCAGACACACAUGUUCAUGCGCGGCUCGAUAGGAACGCGUUUUGACCCUCAUGUGUCAUGACUGUAUAUAGAGUGUAGUCUGUCUGU